ACCUGUGGGAGAGGCAGAGAGAUGUGUGAAUGGUCUCGGUGUGAGGCAGCCAAGAGCAGCUGUGCCCGCAGAGCUGGAGUGAAUCCUACCACAGUCUCUUCACAGUGACCCGCUUCCACUUCACACAGACUAUUGAAAAGAAUCUCAUCAUAUAUAUAAACUUAUAAAAAAUAGAUUAGCUUGCUGCGGAAGACAGGUAGAAGCUCUCUGUGUUUUUGAAGGGUUAACCUGCACCAGCCAGCCUUAAACCUCAGCAUGGUUAAGCUGCCAGGCCACACAAUUCUGUGUGUUGAAGCCCCCCGAGGUCCAACCAUUCUACACACCAGGAAUGGGAGGUGCGGGAAGGUUCAGUGAAGAUUUAAAAAAUUUGCUUAGUUACUGGAAGAACAGAGACUUAAGCCCUAGUUUCUUGACAGGAAAUCCUGCACUUGCUUCCAACUGCCUUUCAUCCAGAUGAUGGUCUUUGUGUCUGAAAGCCUGCAGAUGGUAACGGGGUUCUUCCCCGAGAGGGAGCUGAAACACGAGCUAAUUGUCAGUGAGAGUGGACUUCGGGGAGACUCUUCCCUCCUCUCUGGACUCAUUUUCGUGGCCACCUGAACACGCUGGCUCGGGGCUGGGAGCAAGGAGCCAUCCGCUGGCUCCAGGCUCUCUUCACAGCUGCACAGACAGUGAGCUGAGCUGCAGGGCUUGGAGUUCACUGUUCUCUCUGCCAGACCAACCUCUGUUGUAAAUUUCCCUCCCGGAACACGUGACGAUGCAUUUCUUGAUUAUAUAUCCCCAGGGCAGCCGCGGAGCUGAGCUGUCAGAGGCUUAGCCCGCAGAGGAGGACGCUCUUGGACUUGGCCACUUAGCAAUUCAGGACUUUGGACGAAUUUGCCAGCCUUUGGUAAGUUAGUGAUGCUACUGCGCUGCAGACACAUUUGAAAGGCUAUUUCUACCAGUUAACCCUGGCCGAGCGAGCAGCGCUUCAAUGCUGAGGAUGGAGCCUCUGAACAGCACGCACCCCAGCACCGCGCUCCCCGGCACCCCCCUCGAGUCCCAUGUCCCCAGCAGCGGCAGCGGCAGCGGCAACGGGAACGAAUACUUCUACAUCCUGGUGGUCAUGUCCUUCUACGGCAUCUUCUUGAUCGGGAUCAUGCUGGGCUACAUGCAAUCCAAGCGGCGGGAGAAGAAAGCCAGCCUCUUGCUGCUGUACAAAGACGAGGAGAGGCUGUGGGGCGAGGCCAUGAAGCCCCUGCCCACGAUGUCCGGGCUGCGGUCGGUGCAGGUGCCCGUGAUGCUGAACAUGCUGCAGGAGAGCGUGGCGCCCGCGCUGUCCUGCACCCUCUGCUCCAUGGAAGGGGACAGCGUGAGCUCCGAGUCCUCCUCGCCCGACGUGCACCUCACCAUCCAGGAGGAGGGGGCCGACGACGAGCUGGGGGAGAACUCAGAGACGCCCCUGAACGAAAGCAGCGAGGGGUCCUCGGAGAACAUCCAUCAGAAUUCCUAGCACCCCCAGGGCUUCUGGAGGUGGCCCCGUCAGCAGAGAGGAAGGGCGCUUUUCGUGUCUGGUUUCACUUUUGCAGUGAGGCUGCCUCUUUGAAGAGACCCUCGGCAGGCCCCUGAGUGGGGAUGGUGGGGGCCCAGGCUCAGCCGGAGCCAGCGGCAGCCGGGAGUCCGGGCCGGGCCUGUGGUGCCAACCGCCACAGCCAAAGCCCUGAAGACGUGCAGUGUGCACAUUUACUUGGGGCCUGGGGCUCGGGUUCCUGGCCAGAAUCUGGCAGGUCCAUGUGCUUGCUCGUGUUUUCUCACUGGAUGCCCUGGGCAACUCCAGCAGCCUCUGCCCACUCCCAGGACUGCCAAAUGCCCAGGACAUGCUGGGACGCUAGUUUUGAUUUCCUGAUUUGCCCAGAGCUUUGUUCUUCUCGAUCUGAUUGGCUGUAAGUACCUCUGUGGUGUACCUGUGGCAUUCAUUCACCAGGGACAGUGCUUCUGGCCUUUUGGGUUGGGAGGGUGACAUCUAAAGGAGGACUUUCCACGGGAGAAAGCUGGAGAUCAGACCUCGGCCCAUUUGCAUAUCAUAAGGGGAAAAAGGGGGCAACCUUUAAAAUUGUUAACAUUGGCUGGGAUUAUAAGGCAUGACCCUUUCUGUAACCCACAACCCUGAACUCUGACCUGGGACCAUCCAGCUGGCAUGAAGGUUUUUUGGUUGGAAGGCUCUCCAGACUCUAACCUGCACUCCUAAUGGCCGUGAAGGGGACUCUUCCUGAUCUUUCCAGAAAGGGUACUGAUGGGGUUGAAUGAAGCCAACCCUUAGCUCUACUGCUGCUCAAUUCUCAGCCUAAUUUUCUGAGCUGGGAGAGGACAUAAGGUGGGCCUCGGUGAUACGGCCUUUCGUCACGUAGCCGAGACCUAGAAGGGCAUACUCAGGCAGAGAGCACACGAAGCUGGGGCCCACGUUCUGUUCCCUGACCUCCCGAGCCCUGACACCGGUUUGCUGUGUGGUCCUGGGCACGUCAUCAAGAGGCUUACCGCCCGCCUGAGACUCCUGAUGAUCGGCAUCCCCAGGGGGCUGGGAGGAUGUCUUUAGAUUUUAAGACUCUGUGAUAAAUCCUGCCUGGCCUGGUGUGAGGAAGCUUGGACCAGAUAUUUGCCCCUUGGCCAGUUAGUCUGCAAAAGGAUCUGCUUAUUUAAAGGAGCAGUUGGAGACUAGGAAGACAAGGAACUGGGGAGUUCAGGGCGAAUCACCCACCCAUCCAGCCUGUCGUUUCCCCAGCAGCGAACCAAAGAGGCAGACGCCACAUUUCACUCUGCAAAGUCCUCUGGGUGCUGGAAUGUUAACCCUCCAGCGGAGGGAACGAGAAACCCAAAAGGAAACACUCAGGAAUGCUUUCCGGCAUCCCUGGCUAUUCCUGUGGCCGAUGGCUUUGCAGCAGACCCUCUGGGCCCUUGAAUAUGAGCAGGAAGAGAAACACACCAAAAGGUCAAAUUUAAUUCUAGUAAAAACAAAAAACUU